UGGUGGAGGUAAGUAUAUAAGAAGGGACAUAAAUAAUCGAAGUCGAUCGAGCCGAUUGAACUGCCAACAUGGACGCCGCUUUGUGUGGAAUGACUAAAGUCGAAGGCAAGGAUGGAGAAGUCCAGGUUUCCGAUUUGGUACAAGGAAAAACCUGUGUAGGUUUGUAUUUCUCCGCACAUUGGUGUCCACCUUGUCGAGGAUUCACCCCCGUCUUGGCCCAGCUAUACACCAAGCUGAAGGAAAACAACCAAAGCAUAGAAAUCAUCUUCGUCAGCUCGGACCGCGACGAAAACAGCUUCAAGGAGUACUUCAAUGAGAUGCCGUGGCACGCACUUCCCUUCAGUGAGCGUGACCUUAAGGCGAAGUUAGGAGAAAAAUAUGGUGUUAGAGGAAUUCCUACCCUAAUUAUUCUGGAUAAAGACGGAAACAUCAAAGACGCCGAGGCGAGGGGCACCGCCCAGAACUGCCCGGGAGACAAACUCCCGGACAAGUGGUGCUAGGAUAUCUGUGCCGGUCGUCAAUGUGUGACUUCGUGUAUAUUUACAUUUCAAUCGUUGUCUUAUUAUUUCAUUUCAUUUAUUGACUGAGCUAAAACCUCUCCUUUUUUUAGGUACAUGUAAUCUUGUUUGUAUUACGUUUAACAUCAAUGCUUAUAUAUUUAUGUAACGUAUUUAUUGAUGUGUACAUGUCGAGAACCAAAUAAAAAGAACCUUUAUGUAACGAUCAA